AUGUCCUCCAGCACUCACACACUCUCGCCGGACAAGUCUUCCACGCUUGCGGCUACGUCACCCGCGAAGGCAGAGCCUGCUGUCGACUACCGACCGGUAGCAAUGCGCAUGCUGCAACAGCAGAUCAAGGACCAAAAGCCUAUUGUGCUUGGUAGAGUGAAGAUCACUAGGGAUGAUGUGACCACAAGUAUGAAUGGCUGUAUUCGUAGACUGGCGUCGGCAUUGCAGUUGGAAGCUGAGGAAGCUGCAAAGAAAGAGGCCGAGGCAGCUGCGCGGAAGGAAGUCGAGGCAGCUGCGCGGAAGGAAGCAGAGGUGACUGCGCGUGCCAACUCGAAGAACGCUUCUCAAGACCAAGCUGAAACUACCGACGAGAUUGCGGCUCUCACGGUCUCAAACGACAACGAAGGUCACGAGUUCGACUACCUCUUCUCCGACACCCCCAUCCCCGCCUCUCACAGCCACCCCAUCGACUUCGGCAACCCAAACGACUACCUCUUCUCCUCCGACCCCAACAACCCCGACAGUAACGAAUGGCGCCCAGAAAUCAUGCCCGACCUGCCGCCCAACUUUGGCAAAAUGGACCUCAUCGGGAUGACACGUCGCGCCUUUGAAGAAGAACCCUCACCCUCACCCUCACAGCCACAAGAGGAGCCUGAGCCUGAGCCAGAAGAAGACACACUAGCCGACCUAAGCUACCCCGAAGCCUGGUUCAUAGAAGACGUCGAGGACUUUGUGACUCAGGGUCCGCUUCCUGAGUGGAUGCUACGGCCUACGACGGACUUCACUUUGGAGCAGAUGGAGGGUUUUGAUGGGGAUUUGGGGAUGCCGGGGGAUCCGGAGGAGUGGGUGCAGGCGACUAGGGCUUGGCGGGAAGAGAAGAAGGCGGGUGCGCGUUGA